AUGGCCUAUUGCCCCCUUCUCAUCGUCUGCUGCCUGACAAUAGGCACGACUACCAUCGAUACGACGAAGGACAUUGGAGACGUUGUUUUCAACAACUCUGCCCCAACCGAUACUACGCAUAUCAAGGAACAGUACGAGUACCACAAGGACUCGUCCUCUGCGACCCAGCACAAGAAGAAUUCAUUCGAGAAAGGGACAGACUUAACGAAGAAGCCAGGCUUAGAGAAGAACAAGCCCAACAAGCAACUCAACUAUCCGCUAGCGUACCACCAUCCAGACCACAGACACCACACCCAUACGAUCAAUCUCGCAGACAUAGCCAAGCACCCAGCAGGGCAGAAACCUCUACCUCUAUUGAAACUCGAACCAUUCGAUAUUCCCUUCCCGAAUCUCGACGUACCUAUCCCACCUGAACGACAGGAGGAAAUAUACGAAGUUACCAGACAACUUCAGACAUCCUCCACAAUGACAGAUACAAAUACUCUCAUGCGAGAAAUGAUUGAGGCACUUCAAAAAGCAAACAAACAUGCCUCUACUCCAAAGCCCCAGAAGUUCGAUGGCACGCAGCAAAUUCAGGACUUCCUGAAAGACUGCGACAUCUACUUUAAAGGCAAAGACACAACCAAGGAUGCAAAGAAAAUUCUCUUUGUACUCAACAACACCGAGAAGAAGCCACACAACUGGUGUCGCACCAAGUUUGACGAAUACGAAGCCAGCACAACUUGGCCCACAUGGACCAAAUUCAAGGAAGACUUUGCCAAAGCCUUUCAGAAGGUGGAUAGCGAAGUCGACGCCAUCGUAAAACUCAACAGAAUAAUGCAGUCAGACUUCGAUUCAGUCAAUGACUACAACGUCAAAUUUAACCAACUCGUCAAAGAAGCCAAGUACAACAACCUGAGCACAGACACCUACCUCCAACGUACCUAUACAGGAGGACUCAAAUCCGUCCUUGCAAAGACUCUCAUCCAACAAGAAAAGAAGCCAACCACACUCCAAGGAUGGCAAGAAGAAGCACUCAAGCUGGACAACGCAGAAAUAGAAUGGGACAAGCUCAGAUGA